GCGAUACCAACUAGCUAUCAGUUUAGUUCCAGCGUUCAAUCAGAACAACAUCAACCCAGCCCUAAUCAAAAAUGUUCAAGCUCAUUGCCCUAGUUGCCUGCUUGGCCGUCGUGGUGUCGGCUUACGAAGAUUACCACAGCCAUCCGAAGUACAAGUUUGAGUAUGGCGUUAAGGACCCACAUACUCACGAUCAUAAGAGCGCCUGGGAGCACCGAGAUGGAGAUCACGUACAUGGACAGUACACUCUAGACGAAGCCGACGGAACGCACCGAAUUGUUGAUUACACCUCGGAUCAUAAAACUGGUUUCCAGCCCCAUGUGCAACGCAAGGGACACGCCCACCAUCCACAUGGCGAGAGUUACGCCAACAUCCAUCAGCACUACUAGGAACUGAUCUCUUACCAAAGAACUAGCUAAUUCUUGUUUUUCAAAAUAUAGUCAAAAUUCUAAUUAAUUGAAUGAAUUG